CUUUAGCUCAAACCAUCGCUCUAAAUGUACCAUUCGCAGACUGCAAUUCUUCGGAAUGCGGCCCGAACGAAGACAGAGUGAAAGGUCAUGCCCGGCGAGACAGGUUCUGCAGGCCCCACGUGACGCCUCGUGACGUACUCACGAGACGCCGUAGUUGCGUCUGCAAACGGGGUUACGUCCGCAACUCCUGGGACGAGUGCGUCACCGUGAGACAGUGCACCAAGUGCAAGUGCCGACCGCAGAAGGACUGGAACCUCUGUGCGUCCGGCUGCCCUCCGCGCUGCAACCAACCCAUUGCCCAAACCUGCCGCACGAACUGCAGUCCCGGGUGUGACUGCCCGCCCGGCUGGGUGCUAGACUCAAGGGACAGGAAAAGGUGCGUCAAGGUCCAAAGAUGUUCGCCACAGUGUCCUGCUCAUUCGAAAUACCAACAGUGCACGUCCAGCAGCGCGCCCAGUUGCGUCAAGAGUGCGGCCGGCAGAAAUUGCAUCACCCGCUGCUACACAGGCAGCUGCGUGUGCCAGGAGGGCUACUACGAAUUCUUGCAAAACGGCGCUAAAACUUGCCUGACUAAAGAUGAGUGCUCGCAGUUCAUGAAGCCGGCAACGACAAUAACCGGAAGAAACGAGAUCGAGUAUACAGGUGGUGGCGUCCGUGCACCUACCGUCCUGUUUCCCCCCGAUAGACCAGGAAUCUCUGGGCAUACAUCGACCGGUAUCAGUACAGCGACCGGUUGCCAAACCGCACCUGGUGGUACUGGAUGCCACCUGCCAACGAUUUAUCUGAGAUUGCGUCAGGGUAGCGUGGGUAACCGUUUGGAACUUGCAGGGGUAGGGCGAGAAGGUACAACUGUAACUGGCACAACGGCCAAUCAACCCCCCGCUGUUAUGAUUGUAACUCGGGGCACACCUUCAGUGAACACCGGAGGGCACGGCUCAGAGGCUGUUGUGAGACGUCAAGAGGGUGCUACCACAAUCGCCUCUACGACGCCUUCGUUACCCAGUAUAUUAGGAUACCCUCAAGAUACGCCGCGACCUGGUGGCGUGGGUUUGCAUGCUGCCGGAACAGGGCUGGAUAGGGCAACACGAAUUACCUCCGCGGUAUCUUCUUCGUCAAGUACAUUGCCACUUCCGCAGCUUCCGCCCUCUAUUGGCGGCGAACCAGUUCGUUUGGGCUUUCCUGGUCCGCGACAAGACGGUGCGUACUUGUCCAGUGGCCUCGGCUAUGGUCUGAACGUUGCUGGCACACGUCCAGGCGGCGCAGCCGCAAUUACGGCCACGGCACCUCCUGCACCUGGUGUGUUGUCAUACCCUCAGCUUGCACCACCCGUCGGCAGCGAACCCGGUCUUUUAGGUGUUACGCCUUCACACCAGCCUGGUGUAUUCUUGCCUGGAACACCAACACUUCCCGCUGUUGGCAUGGGAGCGCGCGGACAAAGUCCCCCAUGGUUCGGUGAGGAUCUGGACGUCGGGGAAGAAGAACCACUGCCGGCAACCUUAGAGAUUCCACCGCAUAUGCAGCCUAUUCCUCCCUCUCCAUAACUGUCAAUGAAGAAGCAAUAAUUUUCUGCUACGAACAAUAGCAUAGUUACAAAAAGCACCGGACAAUUGCCUAUGGAGCCGAAGCUUGACACUUUGAACACAAUGAAAAUUGCCGACAAAAUAAUUAUCAUGUUUUCCGGGCCAAAAACACGGUAUGAUUAUGAGGCACGCCGUAGGGGGGGGGGGGGUAUUCCGGAAUAAUUUGGACUACCUGCGGUUCUUUAACGUGUACCAAAAUAUAGGUACACUGGUCUUUUCGCAUUUCGCCCCUAUCCAUCACCGCAGUGACUAAGCAACCACUGCGGGUAAUUGCAGACAAGUGAUUUCGUAAAUAUUCUUCAGCCAGAUUUUAUGAAGGUGAGCAGACGAAACCAGGCAGCCAUGCAAAAUUCCCAUGGUAAUGACUGUACUACUGAUUGUCGAACUGUCUCAUACAUGUUAUGAGUAAUGAUGGUCAAUCAGAGCCUUUGGGUGAGUGAUAAGCAGAGUCGACGGAGUUGUUUAGGAGUUUCUGGGUCAUCACAAACAAACUGAAUAAAAUAACAUACUAUUGACAACUAUUUAUGUUGAUGGUAAUUUUCCAUCAAGAAAAUGAGGAGCCGUUUAGUUGGUAGUAUCGAGGCCUGCAGAGUUGCCACAGUAACUCUGCUGCCAGAUUCUUCCGUCACUCUUCUCUCUGGGUUGUGCCAAAAGUGCAAUGAAAUUCAAUAGUUAUGUCGCAUAGGGUGAUAAUUUUUUCACCUUGCCUGACAAGUCUUCCUUAUUAAAUGAAAGCAUCUAUGGCAUUUCAACAAGACGCUACGCUUGGUACAUCUACAAUUUCCUAUUCUUGAGUAAUGUAACUGGCAGUGGUUUUACAUAAAUGUGCAUUUCAGCACCAUUACAUUUAUAAUAUGUCCCACAUUCCACGUGCUGGCGCCUCUGCUUAUAACACAUUGUUUUUACGAAGUAAGGUAGUGUACUUAUGCAUCUAUAAGAAUGGGGCAGGGUUACCGCAAGAGAUUUACGGAUAUUACCAUGACACAACUUUUAGAAAAUAAACAAGUUUCUGUAUCCAAGGAAUCCUCGCUGGAAGCGGUUGGAGCUGCAAAGCCAAUCAUUUAUUAAUUUAUAGUCACGCUUUUCAAGUAUUCAACCAAGAAGCCGUGCUGUGAGUGACAAUACGCUUACUGGCAAAACAUCACUCUAUUUCUUGCCCAUGUGCUACUCGGUUCAAGCCGGUUCAUACAGCGUGUUGCGCACAGCAGGCGAGUCUCUGCUAUUAUAACAAACACAUUAGGUAUUUACCUAAGAUUAGGUCUCGAAAAAUCAAGUUCCUUGUACUACAGACGGUGUUUUACAGCGAAGCUGUUAAGGGUUCACUCUUCGAUAGUCGCGUCCGGCAAUAG